AUGUCCCCCCUCCUCUCCACCGAAGAGGCCCAGACGCUCCUGCAGGGAGAGCGCGGUUGUCGCGUGCGUUUCCUUGACGCGUCCUGGUACCUGGACAAGAGCCGAGACGCUAAGAAGGAGUUCGCGACGCAGCGCCUUCCUGGCGCGCAGUUCUUUGACCUUGAAAAGAUUGCGGACGCGACAUCUGCGCUGCCGCACAUGUUGCCUACUGCGGAGACGUUUGAGCGCGCUAUGCGGGACCUCGGAGUGGAAAACGACGAUACAGUGGUUGUCUACGGUGGUCGGAACUGUUUCAGUCCCGCGCGCUGCUGGUGGACGUUCAAGGUCUUUGGACACGACGGUGUGCACAUUCUCAAUGGCGGCAUCACUAAGUGGAUGAAAGAGGAACAGCGCGUUGAAACGGGGGAGCCGCAGGAGGUGGUAGCUGGCAGCCCCUACAAGGCUAAAUUCAACGAGGCCCUUGUUGUGUCGUGGGAGGACGUGCUGGCCAAGAUCGGCUCAGACACGCAGAUUGUGGAUGCACGAGGAGCCGCGCGCUUCUAUGCCAAGGACCCUGAGCCACGCCCGGGUAUGCGUGGAGGACAUAUCCCAGGCUCAAUCAACUUGCCGUUUGGUAAGAUUGUCGAUCCGGAGGACUUUUCGCUGUUCCGAGAACUCGCUGACAUCAAAAAUGCCUUCGCCGAAGCGAAUGUAAAAAUGGACGAAGCCAGUCCGAUCAUCACCAGCUGUGGAUCUGGGGUGACUGCUAGCGUUCUCACAUUCGGCCUGCAUUUGACUGGCAAGCCACUGGAGAAGGCUCCCGUGUACGAUGGGUCUUGGUCAGAGUGGGGCCAGCGUAGCGACCUCCCUAUUGAGACGUGA